AUGAUGAGUUUUUCAACAAUAAUUCGCCAUCAUCGAAAUGUCCUUGCGGUGCCACUUGUCACAUCUCUGUUAAUUCUAUUUGCUCCGAAUCUUGUCACGGCUCAAGCAACACUGACUUCAACAGAUGUAGAUAUUGGUUGGACUCUUAUUAACGGAGCUCUUGUGAUGUUUAUGCAAGCUGGAUUUGCCUUCUUGGAAGCUGGAAGUAUUCGUUCUAAAAACGUUGCCAACAUUUUACUAAAAAUUGUCAUGUCAGUUGCCAUUUCAACUAUGGCUUGGUUUUGUAUUGGUUAUGGUUUUGCCUAUGGUGAUAAUCAAUUAACAGACACUAGAAAUGGAUUCUUUGGAAAUUCUUCAUUUUUCUUAUUGGGUGGAGAUGAAGCUCAACAUGUCUUUUUCUUCCAAUGGGCCUUUGCUGCUGUAGCCAGUUCAAUUGUGAGUGGAGCUGUAGCUGAAAGAAUGAAUUUAUCUGCCUUCUUUAUGUGUUCAUUCAUUAUGACUGCAUUCAUUUAUGCUCCAGUAGCUCAUUGGAUUUGGUCAUCAGCAGGUUGGCUUUCUGGAUUCAAUAAGACCAUGUUCAGAGUUGGAAAUGUUGGAGUGACUGAUUAUGCUGGAGGAAUUGUCGUUCACUUGGUGGGUGGAGUUUGUGGACUUGUUGGAUCCAUCAUGGUUGGUCCAAGAAUUGGUCGAUUUGUCAAUGGAAGAGCUGUGAAAAUUGUUGGACACAACAAGACACUUGUGUUAUUGGGAGGUUUAAUUUUAUGGUUUGGUUGGUAUGGUUUUAACAGCGGUUCGACACAAGCUCUUUCUGGAGGAAUGUCAACCAUUACUGGUUAUGCCAGUGCUAAUACAACCAUUGCAGGUGCUGCUGGUGCCAUGAUGUGUAUGUUGUGGAGUUGUCUCCAAAGUGGUCAAUAUGAUUUGACUGAAAGUUUGAACGGUUGUUUGGCUGGUUGUGUCUCCAUUACUCCAGUGUGUGCAUUUGUAGAGGGAUGGGCUGCAGUAUUGAUUGGAGCAAGUGGAGCCUUAGUCUAUAUUGCAAGUAAUUGGCUUUUGGAAGCAUUGAAAAUUGAUGAUCCUGUUGCAGCUGUACCUGUUCAUGCGUUCUGUGGAGCUUGGGGAUUGGUUACUGGUGGAUUAUUUGCUACUCAAAAACAAAUUGCUCUUUUCUAUGGCUUAGAUUCAACUAUUGAAACUUAUGGACUCUUCUACAGUUUGAACUGGGAAUUGUUAGGUGUUAAUUUAUUGGGUAUUACAAUGGUCACGGUUUGGACUGCCUUCUCCUCUGUAAUCAUGUUCUUUUUAAUUGACAUUACCAUUGGUUUGAGAGUGCCACCAGAAGACGAAUUAAUUGGAUUAGAUCAAAAAUAUGGUGGAACUGCCUAUACUGGUGAAGAUAUUCACCAAUACGGAUUUGGAAACUCAGCUUCUGAGAAUACCGCUGCAAGAACUGCUUUGAAGACUGCUAGAACUGUGAAUUCACACCGAACACAACGUAGUGGUAGAUCAGGUGCCUCACGAAGAAUGUAA